GACCAAACUAAGCCACACCAAAGUCUUGUCUUGCACAGACCUUGAUCGCAAGAAAAGUCACAGCUUCUUUCCACCCGAAAGCGACACGAACCCGCACCGGCGAAAUUCAGACAAUAUGGUGGAACGUUGGGGCACUACCUACAGAGGGCCUGCACCUCAAGAGGCCGAGCCAGGCAGACAUUCCGACCCGGAACUGGGCAACGUACGCGGAGUCCGUGCCUGCUUCACCGGCUCCAGCAUCGAGCCGUGCGAGCCAUGCACGGCAGCUAAGGACCGAACGUGUUGCAUUGUCCGCAAGCUCUCACAGUGGAAUGAAUUUCUUUGCCAGUCUCGACUCGAGCUACGGGAAUCGUCCAGCCCACGCGGUCAACUCUCCCUGAUCAGUUUCGAGAAACCGUGGAUACAACUUCCCGCAAGGCAGCAGAUGCAGCGAGCCAUGACGCUUGCCUGCAAACUGCUAAACACGCAUCACUGUGUUGGAACUCUUGACAUUACUGUCAUGAUGGAACCUAUGAAAAUCACAUGCCUUGCCGACGCGCUUCAGGGUAACACUUAUGUGAAAGUACUGAGAUUCCACGAUCCCCGUUUCGCGAGUAGGAAGGCGCAAGACGACAUUUGCAAGUUGAUCUCUUCCUUGAGCAGAUUGGAAGAACUCGAAUGCACGUCGGCCUGGAAAUGUCCAGUGGCCUUUCUAGACGUGCUGUCAGGGCUUCUCCAAACGACGACGUAUCUGGAAGCAUUGCGAUUACCUAUGGUGUGCAUAAAAAUCCACGGUGCGGAAGCCUUCCUGAAAGCACUCAGACAGAACCGCAGCCUGAAGGAGCUCUCGCUAGACGAGUCAUUUGUAAGCGAAGCGUCGCUGUCCCAUCGAGCUGGGUUCGCAGAUUACUUGAAGAACACCACGACGCUAACAACUCUGACCAUCCUGGCUUGUAACAAAAUGCAAGACUCCUUGAUAUGGAUCGUGAAAGGCCUAUUAGGAAACAAUACUGUCGCAGAAGUAAACUUGACAAACUUCGCCGUCGAUGCCGGAAGUGCCAAGCUCAUACCAAUGUUAUUUGCUAAAAACGACACAAUAAGCAGAUUUAGCAUGAUUUCAACGAUACAAGACAGGCUAAUGCAAGAUGACACCGUCUAUGAUCACUGGCUGGAAGCGCUCAGAGAAAACAAAACCAUGACCGUAGUCAGGCUGCCGUUUUGCGCCGGAAAGUUGGAGCAGUGGUCGACGUUAAUUAGGGCACUGCCGACUAAAGUAAGUUUAAGGCUAACUAUCGAAUGGAAUGUCACGUACUACCACUUUCUCCCAAACAUCUGCAGUGCUUUGAAAGAGGCCGGCGCAGAGAAGCAGGUUUUCUUCGAAACGAACUUUCCUCCAGAAAGUGCCGAUAUGCUAGAAUACACAGGAUUUUCUGAGAUGUAUGCCUGUUUACGAAGUGACACGAUAAGCGAGUUCUCUCGCAUAAUGCGUAGGUUGCCUUCCGCAAGUCACGUCACAUCGGUCCAUUUGGUAAUCGCUAAGCACACUAUGGACUCCUUAAUGUCUUCACUGAUCGCUGACUACAUCAGGGGAUCAGUCGCCUUGAAAAACCUGCACUUAAUACUGUUUUCCGACCCUUCUCUCUACCUGCCGAGGACCUGCUGGACGGAUAUUGUCACAUCUUUGUCUCAAAACGUGAGCGUAACGGAGUUGCACGUGGAAGUGCCCGAUAUGGAGGAACGAGACACCGAGAUGCUCGCGCAGACAGUCAAGUCAAACAAGAACAUGCAACGCGUGUACUUCGUCCCCGAAAGUUCGCACGUCGCCUGCACCUUCUUCAAAGUAUUGUCCAAAGGAAUCACGAAAAAUCACACGCUGCUCAGUGUGGUCGUCGACGCGUCUUUGGGCGACAAACAGGCGGAGAGGGACUGGUUCGAAGUGUGGGACACGAUGCGACGCAAUUCCGGACUCCUUCGGCGCGCUGCUCUAUUCGUGAGUGGAGAUCGAUGCGACUGGGCGUGCGCUGAAGCGCUGGAAAGCAUGUGCCUACAUCCAGCACUGCCGGAACAGGUCGCCGAGCUUUCUUCGGUCAGUGAGGACGACGCCCGCGUCAUGAUCAGAGAAGCGGUCAAUUCGCUGGAAGACAUGCACAACUUUAUGAGACUCGCAGGCGUCGUCCGUCAGCGUGUGUUGUGCUACUCGAGCGAAGACGCAGGGGCGCAGCUGAGUGACCUGAACGAGGAUUGCUGGAGAGAAGUACGUGGUUAUUUGAGGUUGGCCGAUAUACAGCACUCCUCGGCGCAGCCAUGAACUUUUGACAAGCGCAAACAUAACUUUGGGAUUUGGGGCACUUGUGUCGGUGUCACCUGCUCUGAUAUAUUUUGGUUCGUUCACAUCUGGACGCGCCGUCAAAUAUUUCUGGUAAAAUUUUCUGCACAAGAGAUGUGUUUCGUCCCUUUACGAUUAUAAGGACGCACAGUUUACUUUGAGAAAACCUUUAUUUCAGUAUAGAAUAUAUUUUGAUUUUGUCAUGUUCCCAUGCGCAGAAAUGUCCGAACGAAGCUACGGAAGCGCGCUGUGCUAUCCAAGCUAGCGAGAACUUGUCACUAAUCUCGAGGCGUGUUCUAUUUAAAUUUUCUCAGACCGACAAAGAUGAUUGGUUCAGCAAAAACGCCCUCGCUUCUCCUGCCUUGUGAGUGGCAUCAUGAUGCGUGAGACAGCUUGUAUAUGAUAUGACAAAUAACGUAUGCUAUCAUUGCUUACAGGAUUAGUGUAAUAAGUGUGGAAUCCAAGGCUAGUUGGCAUUCGUGUUAUUGAAGGAAAUGUAGGGAAGUAUUGUUUUGGCCGAAGUUGUUCUUGUUCUCCAUAGAACGAUGAAUAUUAUCGCAGAAUAAAGGCAAGGAAUUCUUUGA